AUGAGAACAAGAAACGAAUCAAUUGAAGAGGAAGUACUUGAAAAAAGCAUUCUCAGUCUGCCACGAAAGCAGCAGGCUUGCGUAAGACAGUGUUUUGAAGCCUCAAAAAGAGCCAGCACUAAAGGCAUGCGUUGUAACGAAGAGUGGAUGCUUGAAUGCAUAUUGAUGAAGCUUAAAAGCCCUCGUUUGUAUGAUCACAUAAGGAAGCAUGAGAUCAUGGUGCUGCCGAGCAGGACAACCUUAAAGAAGUACAUGCGGACAUAUCGGUCAUCAUUUGGGUUUAACAUGAAGAUAAUGAGCAUUCUAAAGAAGAAAGCUUCGAGUAUGUCGGUUUUUCAGCGACACGGCGGACUACUGGUUGACGAAAUGAAGUUGUCCGAGCACUUCAGCGUAACUUCAUUGGGCCAGGUUCAAGGCUUUGUUGACCUUGGGGAAUUCACGAAGCCAGAAGACAAAUACAAGCAAUGCGAUCAUGGAAUGGUAAUAAUGUUCGUUCCAUUCGUAGGAAAGUGGACACAAAUCGUUGGAGUUUUCGCCACGAAAGGAAACGUCAAAGGGGACAUUUUGUUAAAAAUAUUGAUUGAGGCUGCCAUUAUAGUCGAGAAGGCUGGUCUUUUCGUUGAUUACAUCACGUGCGACGGGGCCUCCUGGAACCGCAAGAUGUGGAGACUCGCAGGUGUGUCUGCAUCUGCCAAAAAUAUUAUUUGCAAAGUGGAUCACCCUGUUGAUGCUGAGAGAAGGCUACACUUCAUUUCAGACUUUCCGCAUUUGAUAAAACGCCUGAGAAAUGGGCUUGUGAAAGCGGGCUUCAGCACACCAGAGGGGCAGUCCAGUGGCUGUAACGCGCACCCGUCGCCAGAGCAGUUUCUGAUCACUGUGAACUGCCUUUCAUUCUACAAUAUUGCCAGAAGUGUUGGCGGUGCCAAUGCAACUCCCGACAUCGUCAGUUCACUGGUUAAUGUGCACGACAGGACGAACGCAGGCGUCACACCAAAGAAAAUCGAUGAACUGCUCGCGCAAGCAAAUGGGGGCAACUUCGAGUCUGUGCCACAGUUGGCAUUUCACGUGGUCGUUCAUUCAUCGGCCCUUCGUCUUCGUCUGGGCCACCAAGAACAGGAGCAUCAGCCAACGAGAAUGGGUUGA